UCAAUGCAAUACAAUGUAAGCAAUGUUUGAAGGGGCGUGGUUUGUUUAGAAUUUAGGCCGAAGACGAAGCGAAAGUUAAUAAAGUGAGGAAUAUUGUGAACACAACUUAACAACAAUCUUGAAUACAAUCAACUUAGGAAUACCAAGUUGCAUUAGGAUGGCUUCUACACCACACCAGUCUGAGGUCACCAGAGUAGCACUGAAGAGGAAUGCUCCUGGGAGCAAUGAACUAGAUGACAUACCUGUGAAGAGUCCAUACUUUAAAAACUUGUCACAGUCACUGCCAGAUCCUAAUGCAACACAGAUUCCAUCGGAUCAAAGCCAAGCUGACAAAAUGCCAUCCCCUGGACUAGUUUCUAGACUAGGUCCCGCGUUCUUCCAGCAGCCCUGUAUCCAUCUAGCCAAGCAGCUAUUAGGCCAGGUCUUAGUGAGGAUGGUCGGGGAACAGCGGAUAAGCGGGAGGAUCGUGGAGACGGAAGCUUAUGUAGGAGCUGAGGAUACAGCUUGCCAUACGUACAAAGGGAAACAAACGGCUUCUAAUAAGAGUAUGUUUCUCGAUCCUGGUCAUGCCUAUGUUUACAUGACUUAUGGGAUGUAUCAUUGCAUCAACAUUACCAGCCAAGGAGAGGGCCAAGCGGUUCUCUUACGAGCUCUCUCCCCUCUUGAAGGCAAGGACACCAUGACAAGCCUAAGAAAGAAAGCAAGUAAGAGAUCAGACAGAGAAUUCAAGACAAAAGAUCUUUGCAACGGUCCCGGCAAACUGUGCCUCUCAUUAGACAUUGACAGACAGUUAGACGGCACCAAUCUUACUGAGAGAGACUCUUGCAUGUGGAUUGAGAGCGGUGACCAGAUUGUAGAUGGCGAUAUUGUGAGCUGCCCUAGGAUAGGAAUAGACUCGGCCACCAAAGAAUGGGUUGAGAAACCACUCAGAUUCUAUGUGUUGGGUAAUCCUUGUGUAAGCAAGAGGAAUAAAGCAAGAGAGGAGGAAAUCAAAAACGCAAAAUAAUCAUUGGACUUUAUUUGAGCAAUGAAUUUUCAUUAACUGAAAUAAAUAUGCAGUGUUUUCAAAUAUUAUCUUGGGUAAAGAUAUGUAUUUUGAUAUUAAUAUAUUGAUUUUAACUUUUAACAUAAUAUGAUGCAUGGUACUAGUAUAUCAUAUUUUCAUAUCUGUAAAAUUAUGAAUUAUUAUCCCGUUCACAGCCAGCUAUCACACAAAAGCCACAAAUAUUGCAGCCGCUUUAUUGAUGUAAAUCUUUCUACAGAAUGUUUGAAAGGUCAUUUAAUUUCUUCCUCCUUUUUGCGGCUAUAUUGUGGAUAGGACAUGAAGCAAAUAACUGUCAUAUUUCAAUAUUGGUGUGUAAAAGUCCUAAGUGAGAGCUAUCAGGACUUUUACUUUGUAAAAAAAAAAUCACUUAACUUUUUUGUACAGUACUCGACCAAAGAAAUGUAAAUGAUUAUAUUUGAAAAUCUGUAUUUUCUCAGGAUCAUAUGAUACAAAUUCUCUCGGUUGCUUUCCCCCUCUCUCUUCUUCUCUUUC